UUCUCGGGCAGACUGUAGUAGAUCCAUCCCAGAUGGAAUCGUCAGGCUAGCGUUAAUGUAGAACUUCCUGGUCAGACUGUGGUUACACAAGACUUAGACAACGCAGUUAGUCGAUACUUUUAUGUGUUAAUGCACUACGCAGUUUAAUUUUCAAGUUAUUUUGCAGUGGUCAGCAGAGAGGGAAGUCAUUUACAUUAGGUACUCUCAAUAAAAGUUAGCUUGUGAGCUAAAACCAUCGUUAAGGCUCUGUUGUGCUCUAGUCAUGUCCGUUUCGGCUGGAUGCUCCCCGUCGGGCCUUGGUCCCGGUAUGUCCAUGUUUCGUUGGCUGGAAGUGCUGGAGAAAGAGUUUGACAAGGCCUUCGUAGAUGUGGAUCUGCUGCUCGGAGAAAUAGAUCCAGAUCAAGUCGAUAUUACAUACGAGGGUCGGCAGAAGAUGACCAGCCUAAGCUCUUGUUUUGCUCAGCUGUGUCACAAAACCCAGACGGUUUUCCAACUCAACCAUAAACUAGAGGCUCAGCUGGUGGACUUGCGUUCUGAGCUGACUGAGGCUAAGGCUGAGCGGACAGUGUUAGAAAGGGAGGUCCAUGACCAGCUGCUACAGCUUCAUGCUCUCCAGCUGCAGCUUCAUGCCAAGCAAGGCCAGGAUGAGGACUCUGACACCAUCAAAGUUAGAAUGCCUGUUCCAUCGCCAGAAGAGAUGGAACAGGAGCUUGAAGCCAGUAAGAAGGAGAAGUUAGCAGAGGCACGACUGGAGGCAGAAGUGAGACUAUAUAAAAAAGAAAAUGAGGCCCUACGCAGGCACAUGGCAGUGUUGCAGGCUGAAGUGUACGGAGCCAGACUCGCUGCCAAAUACUUGGACAAGGAACUGGCUGGCAGAGUUCAGCAGAUCCAGUUACUGGGUCGUGACAUGAAAGGGCCAGCACAUGAUAAGCUGUGGAACCAACUGGAAGCAGAGAUUCAUCUCCACCGCCAUAAGACUGUCAUCAGAGCAUGUAGAGGACGCAAUGAUCCUAAGAAACCGCUUCCCUCUCCAGUGGGGCAUGACUCAGACAUGUUGAAGAAGACCCAGGGAGUAGGUCCUAUCAGAAAGGUGGUGCUAGUCAAAGAUGAUCACGAGGGCCUGGGAAUCUCCAUUACAGGUGGGAAGGAGCAUGGCGUUCCCAUUCUAAUUUCAGAGAUCCAUCCAAGUCAGCCUGCAGACAGAUGUGGAGGUCUGCAUGUCGGAGAUGCCAUUCUCGCUGUCAACAGCAUCAAUUUGAGAGAUGCCAAACACAAGGAAGCUGUCACCAUUCUGUCCCAGCAGCAAGGGCAGAUAGAGUUUGAGGUGGUGUACGUGGCUCCAGAGGUGGACAGUGAUGAUGAGAAUGUGGAGUACGAAGAUGACACUGGCCAUCGCUACCGACUCUACCUGGAUGAACUGGAUGACAGCAGUGCUGCUCCGCUUAGCAACAGCUCAGCAUCGCUUCAAGCUGUGGAGAAGAUGUCACUGAGAAAUGGACCAGAGAAUGGAGAUACUGGGACCUCAAGUGAGACGCCUUUGGAGGAAACCCCAUCGAAGCCUUCUCAGUCUGACUGCUCCUCCUAGAGGCUCAGCCAAGCAAUCUCUCUCAAAGAACUGAGUCAAAAAAAUUCUGACAACCUAGGGAGAAAGGAAAAUGAACAAACUGUCUGUUUUCUCUCUUUUUUUGUUUUUAUCUCUUGGCAUUCUGGGGCGGUGGGACUUGGGUGUUAGCCAGGGCAUGUGGCAAUGAUUUGAAGUAAAAAUACAUGUUUAAAGAAGCAGAGAUGUAAAUAGAGGAGGAAACGGUGUAUGAUUUGGGGGCUAUUUUAUUAAGAUAUUUAUGAGAACUGGCAGUCAAAUGUGAGAAAACAGAAGGCAGAUGUCAUGGAGCUGUCAUGGAAGCACAGUGACAUCAGGGAGAGCUUACUCAUUGAAAAAACACUCAUGUAGAGUGUUUUGCUUCUCUUAAUAUAGUUAUUCAUCUGGUCUUGACAACAUUGAAAAGAUUUUAUUUUCUUAUAGGGACCCUGGGAGAGGCCAGGAGAAUAUCUCAAAGUGGAAGUUAAUGAAGAAAUUUUUUUUUAAUGACUUUUACAAAAAAGAGAAUAAACCUGUUAAUCUUCUUAGAUGUAAUUGAUCAUUGUAGCUAACAAGGCAAGGUCAUUCAUGCUCAUUCAAAUGAUGAUGUUCAAUAAAAAUGUCAAAUUGAAGACCCUGUGAAAUAAAUAUCAAAUGGAGAAAUACUUAAAAUUCUUGCCUUGCCUUGUCGUCACUAGUACAUGGUCUUUAAGCAAGUCAGGUAGGUAGAUGAUCUGAAAUAUCCAGGAUCUAAUAUUUUAACUACAUGAAUGAAAAUACUGAAGUUUGAGAGCAAAGAGGAACAAUGGGAAGAAUUUCCUUUUUCAUGCUGAACAUUUGCUGUGAAAUGAGCUAUUGUAUCUCUGUCCACUGCAGAAGCAGUAUUUCAAAGGUCUGACAAGUACCAUUCCAAAGGCUGCUCCUAAUUUCACCUGGAGUGGCAGCAGCCUUUCCUCUAAAUUUUUAUUGGCAAAAUAGGCAUCCUUUAUCCUUUAAUAGUAUCCCAUAUCCCGCUUAUUAAUGGUAUGUUCAGGGGAUCCUAAAUCCUUAAGCUCUUCUGAGAUGUAAUUUAGCAAAACAAUCGAACAAUGAAGACUAUGCUGUUUUUCUAUUCUAUGCUGAUGGGAACAAGUCUAAAUAGUUAAGUAUAAAUGCUAAAACAUUUAAAGCCUGAUGUUGGAAAUACACUCCCAAGACUUAUAGGUCAUUGUAGUUCGUACAUUGACUACUUGUCAUACUGUUGUAUGGCUUCAAAGGGUACAUGUGCCGCUGACUCAUUAUCUCACCUUAACUUUAUAGUCUUGUUUCAUCACUAGCAUAUUUUGGCAUGGCACCACCGUAUGUUUAAUUUACAGGGGUAAGCUUGUUAACACAUUUUGAUUUUAUACAAUCAUCUCUUUAGUAAUAGGGCCUUUAUUAACUCCUCUUUCUGCCUACAAUAUUUUCUUUGUUUAAUACUCUGUUGUCAUACCCUUUCUUUUGUCAGGUACACCAGUGUAAUGCAGUUAUGGAACAAUCCUUACCAAUAUACUGUGUGAUGCCAAGAUUUUCAGUUGACUAUAUUGGGCUGGAGUUAAAUUCCUUGUAUUUUUGAUAAUAAUUGGCAAUAAAGUUUGUGCUUGUG